AUGGUUCCCGUCUAUGUGAAAGGUGGUGCCUGGUCUAAUGUUGAAGAUGAAAUAUUGAAAGCUGCUGUGUCGAAAUAUGGAUUGAAUCAAUGGUCAAGAGUAGCUUCCUUAUUGGCUAGAAAGACUGCAAAACAGGCGAAAGCCAGGUGGAACGAGUACUUGGAUCCAAGAAUAAGGACAUCGGAAUGGUCAGUGGAAGAGGAUGAGAAGCUUCUAAAUCUAGCGAGAUUGAUGCCUAAUCAAUGGAGAUCUAUUGCUUCGAAAUUUGGAAGAACAGCUACACAGGCUAUAGAGAGGUAUCAAAAGAUUCUUGAUGAUUCUGAAGGUGGUGAUGGUGCUGGUGAUAAUGAUUUGAAGUUAAGUGGUCCAGGUAUUGAAACUUUAGCUUCAGUAGGUGCUAAUAAGGAUUUAAAAAUCGGUGAUUUAAACGUUAAUCCUGAAACUAAAACUGCAAGACCGGAUGCUGUUGAUAUGGAUGAUGAUGAAAAAGAAAUGUUAUCAGAAGCAAGAGCAAGAUUGGCAAAUACACAGGGUAAAAAAGCUACAAGAAAAGUUAGAGAACGUAUGCUUGAAGAAAGUAAACGUAUCGCAUUAUUACAGAAAAGAAGAGAAUUGAAAAAUGCUGGCAUCAAUACCAAAUUAAAAGCUCCAAAGAAAAAAUUUAAAAAUCAAAUUGAUUAUAAUGCUGAUGUUGCUUUUGAACAUAAACCUAUUGGUGGGUUUUAUGAUACUACAGAAGAAUUAAAUAAUAAUGAACGAAUUUUAAAUAAUUUUGAACAAAAGGUUUCCAAAUCUGGUGUUAAAUCUGAUGAUUCAAAAUCUAAAAAGGAGAAAAGAUCAAGAGAUGAAAAAUCUGGAGGUGGUUCAAUUUCAAUUACUAAAGCUGCUGAAUUGGUUGAAACUAAAAGAAGAAAACUUGAACUAUCAAAACCUGUUUUCAAAGAUGACCAAUUAGUUACAGAUGAUGAUGUACAAAAACAUAUGGAUUCUCAAAAAUUGGAUAAUAGAAUAAAUGAUGCUGUCCAAAAGAUAAGGCAGGAACAAGGUAUUCAAUCUGCACUUUUAACUAAAAAUGAUGAAAUUGAUGAAGAUGAAGAUGAAGAGUCAUCUAAACAAGAAACACCAUCUAUUAAUGAAACUAUAGAUAAUGAAAAAGUUAAAACCAUUAAAGAUUCUUUGAAAACAAGGUUUGCCUCAUUACCUAAACCAAAGAAUGAUUUUGAAAUUAUUGAACCUGAAGAUGAAGAUAUAAUUAUGCAAGAUGCCAAUGAUGAACCAACAACAUCUACGGCAAUACCCAAGAUCAUUGAAGAUGAAGGUGAAAAAGAACGUCAAAGAAUUAAACAACAAGAAGAAGAAAAACAACGUAGUUUGCUGAGAAGAUCUUUAGCUAUACAGAAAGGGUUAAGUAUACCACAUUUGGCACCAAAUUUCAAACUUGAUAAAAUUUCUGAAAACCAUGUUCAAAACCUUAUUGAUAUAGAAUUGAUAAAACUUAUUAGAUCUGAUUAUUCAAAGACCAUUGAUAAAUCCUCCAAUGGUAUAAUACCAGAUUUAGAUGAUGUUUCAAGAGAAAAAAUUCAACAAGAAUUACAAAAAGAAAUAAAUCAAGAUGAAUUAAAUAAUUAUCAACAAAUUUUCAAAGAAUUACAUACCACUCAACAAUUAGAACCUAGUAUUGAUAAAUCUUUAUUAAUAACAGAAUUACAAGAUUUAGUUUCCAAGGCAAAUAAACUUGAAAAAAAAUUAGAUCUUCAAUUCGGUGGAUAUAUCAAAAGACAUGAAACUUUGAAUGAAUCAUCACAUUCAAUUUUAAAUGAAUUGAAAGAUACAGAUAGAGCUUUGGCUUCAUUCCAGCUUUUACAAAAUUCUGAAAAUAUUGUAAUUAAAUCAAGAACUGAAUUUUUACAAGAACAAGUUAAUAAAUUAGUUAAAGCUGAACAAAUUGGUCAAGAAAGAAAGACCUUGAAGGUUUCUUUCGGUGAUGAACUACGUGAUAUAAUCAACAAGGAAUUUUAUCAAUCUGCUACUGUUUUUGAAAAGGAUCUUCAAGAAAUUGAUACUCUAAGAAAUGAUAUCAUUGAUUUAGAAGUAUCUCCUCAAGAUCUUGCCUUGCUUAGAAGGUAUUAUAUCCAUUUGACUACACUAGAAAGCAAAUUCCCUGGUGAUUUAAUUGAAUUCCCAUGGUAUGGGACCCUUGGUUAUCAUGUUACUGGUCCAGUUAAGCUAAAAUCAUUUACAUUUGAAAGAAUCAACAUAUUGUACAAUAUUGCAUCAUUAUAUACCCAGUUGGCUUCAAAUGAAGAUUUAUCAAGUAGUGAAGGUGUCAAGAAGGCAUGUCUUUAUUUCCAAUACGCUGCGACUGUGUUUGGGUUCAUUAAUAAAGUUGCUGAACAAGAUACUUCAUUGAUUUUACCUUUAGAUUUACAAAAAGGAACCAUAGAUACUUUAUAUAAUCUUUCUUUGGCUCAAGCUCAAGAAGUUUUCUGGUUGAAAGCUACAAGAGAUAAAGUUAAAGAUUCAUUAGUUGCUAGAUUAGCAAUUCAAGUUUCAGAUUAUUACUCACAAACAUUAUCAUCAGCAAAUAGAAGUGAAGGUCUAAGAAGUGAAUGGACUCAUCAUAUAACAGUAAAGAAAUUCCAUUUCCAAGCUGCUGCUGAAUUUAGAUCAUCCUUAGUUGCAGUUUCAAACUCAAAUUAUGGUGAAGAAGUUGCAAGAUUACAAAAAGCUCAAAUAGCUAUUUCAAAUGCUCAACAAAGUAUUAAAUUCACUAGUAAUACUGUUAAAGAUGAUUUAUCUGGGUUAAAUGAAGUUGUUCAAGAUACUUUAAGAAGAGCUGAGAAGGAUAAUGAUUUGAUUUAUUUACAAGAAGUUCCUAAAAAAUUACCACCAAUUUCUAAUGCAUCUGUUGUGAAAGAAAUGGAUAUUAAAGAUAUUUCAAACCCUAAGGAAGCAUUAACAUCAGGUAAUUUUGGUAAACCUUUGUUUAAAGAUUUGAUGCCAUUUUCUGUUAUUCAAGCUGCUGAAGCAUUUCGUGAACGUCAAUCCGAAUAUGUUACCACUCAUGUUAUAUCACCAGUUAAAGCUUUAACAACUAUUUUAAAUAAAUUCAUAUUAGAAAGAGGGUUACCAGGUUCAAUCGAUGCUCUUGAUAAACCCCUAGCACUUCCUUCAAGUUUGUUGGAUCAUCAUCGUGAAAUCAAAGCUAAUGGAGGUGUUGAACGUAUAACAUCUACUAUUGAUGAUAUUCAAAGAUUAUCACUUGAAGGUGAACGUUUAAUAGAGGGAGCAAAAGAUAGAUUAAAAGUUGAAGCUGAAGAAGAUUCCCUGUUAAGAAAUAGACAAGGCUCAAAACAUUGGACUAGACCAACCUCAGAAGAAGCUUCUGCUCAUUUAAUUUCAAGAAUUCAAGAUCUUGAAAAUUAUUUGAAACAAGCUAAAAAGGGUGAUGAAACGAUAAGGACUCAAUUUUAUAAUAUUGAAGCACCUUUGAAAAUUCUUGCUUCAAGUGAAGAUAAACUUAAAGAGUAUGUACCAAAUUCUAAAACUGCCAAAGUUGAUCCAUCAUUGAAAAGAUUAGUCUUAAAUAUAAGAGAAGCUUUAAAUAGAGCUCAUAGAUUAGAAACUGAUCGUGAAAAUUUUAUCGAAACUGUUGAAAUUAAAUCAUUACAUUAUAAUAUCUUACCAAAAAUCAUCUCAGAAUAUAAAUCAAUUCAAUCAAAUGUCAAUGAUUUAAAAAUUGAAAUUAAAACAUUUGAACCAGUUUUCGAAAAACAUAUAAAAAAUUUCAAUAGUGAUAUUGAUUGGAUUGAAGAACAAAAAUUAAAACAACGUGAAAUUGAAAAUAAAAUUGAUGAGUUUAAUAAUCAAUUCAUACGUUAUAGAUCAACUAAUCAAUCAACAAAUAAUUCAAGAGAAGAAUCUUUAAAAUUUUUAGAUACUGUUUUCACAGAAUCAAGAGAUUUAAAAGAAAAUUUAUCACAAGGGUUGAAAUUUUAUAAUGAUUUUAAUUCAAAUUGUAAACAAUUGAUUGAAGACUGUGACAGUUUUGUUUAUGAAAGAAGACUUGAAGCAAGAGAUCUUGAGUUGUAA